ACUCAAUUCUUUUCCACCAGCUAGAAAUUCAAAGGUAAUUUUCUUGUUAAUUUCACCCUUAUAUGCAUGAUUGUAAGUUAUUUAUCAAAUUUUAAUUUUUAUCAGAAACACUAUUUAAUUUAACCGCAAAUAUCUAAACGCUUAUUUUGAUAGCUACUAACCUCUCACAACACAGAGAAUCAGUCCCGUUGAAAUUAAAAGAAAAUAUUUUCUCCUGAAAAAUCGGUAUGGCAGAAAUGACAAAGGAGGUUAUCGUGGCCUCGUGCAAGGCCAACGGUGGCUAUGAAUCCCCGAAACUCAACGAUCAGCUUUUUCUUCACUGCAAGGGGUUUGUCGAAAUCAAAAAUUUGGAACCCUACACCAACGUCAAGGUGCUUUGGUUGGAGCAAAAUGCUAUCACAAAUCUGUCUGGGUUGGAACAUCAGAGAGAUUGUCUUGUUUCACUCUUUUUGCAGAACAAUACAAUCUGUUCACUUCAAACGUUGACAGCUACCCCGCUUCAUAACUUGCGCGUGUUGAACAUUUCACACAACUACAUCACAUCUCUCAAAGGAAUUGCUGCUGCUUGCCCAUGCCUAGAAACCCUCCAGGUGUCGCACAACCACCUUGUCUCACUCGACGCUUGUAGGGAUCUUUGGCAGCUUUCUGAAACCCUUACAUCGGUUGAUCUUUCAUACAAUAAAAUCACUCAAUCUGAGACCGUAAGCGAUGGACCCGUAGUAAAUCCAUUCAACGCUAAAGCCUCAGUAGGCAGUAUUUCUGACAGUGACAUUCACAUUUCUUGGCAGCCCGAUAAUGGGGAGAAGGACUUAUCGAGUGGUCCUGUCCAAAAUCAGUCGUCGAGGCGCUUUGACAAGGAUCCCCUUGUUGUCGUCCAUUUUUUCAAGAAUUUGCCCAAUGUUAGUGUGGUUUACAUCCACGGGAAUGGGAUAACGCAUGGACUGAAGAACUACCGCCGCAACAUGGUGCUGCACCUUCCCAAUCUGACGUACUUGGACGAGAGGCCGGUGUUCCCAGAGGAGCGUCGCGUCGUGGAGGCGUGGGGUCGUGGUGGCGAUGAGGCAGAGGCUGCAGAGAGAGCUGCUAUCCGCGAAGAGAAGCGCGAGCACCUAAAGAGCUGCGUGAGCGUCUUAACUGACCGUUUGGAGAACAGUCGGGAGGCGCGUGACCGGCUCACAAAAAUCUGGGAGCAGCAGCGAGAAGAGGAAUUGCGUGCUUUAGAACGGAAACGUGAGGGGUACCGUGACGCCUGCAAUGCGUUAGAAGCAGCGGAGCGCUCUACUCGCGAAGCUAAUGAGAAAGAUGAACAGAACGCACGGUGGGACUUGGAGGCAUUGUUCGAAAAAGUACAUGAAUCGCUCCUCGCGCAUGAGGAGGAGCGAUUGCGUGCCUACCAACAGGCGGAGGAAAUCAGACGGGUUACCAUUGACGCUGCAUGUGCGCUUGCCAAAGAAGCAGCAGCCGAGGCUCAGGUUUCCCCCAACGACAGUAGUCAUCAUGUUGACGAUGUGGUCGCAUCAUCGUCUUCUUUUACGACAGACCCACUAAACAUGCUUCUACACUCUGACGACGAUAUAUUGAGGGAGAUGGAGGAUACCAUUCAACAUGUUCUGUAUGAUGUUGAGCUUUCUGUUCGUAGUUAUGGUAAUUCAGCGCGACCAGAAGAAUCUCCAAAACAAUUAGUUAUGAAGUCCGCUGCGGCAGUGAAUGCAGCAGAAAAGGACGAGGAGUUUGACUACUGCAAUGCAACUGAGGCCAUCAUCACCGCAUCUUUCCAACACCAUGAUCGCGCUACUGAAAAGGCAGAGCGGGCUACACACGACGCCAUAAAACGGUUCGGCACUACGCUUUGCCAAGGACGGCGAGAGGAGUUAUGGAAAAAAUUUCAGCGAUGGGAAAAGCCCUUGGAACACAUUUAA